GAAGAUAAUGAUGAUAAUGAAGAGGGCAGUGAAGAAGAUGGAAAUAAUCCAGAGAGACUACGACAGGGACCACCACAGCAUCCUCACCCUCCUAAACCUGGAAACCAACAAGGCCCACCCCAGCUGGGAGGUCCACAGCAAAAUCGCCCUCCUAGACCUGAAAACCAAAAAGGCCCACAACAUCAGGGAGGUCCACAGAAAAAUCGCCCUCAUAGACCUGGAAACCAACAAGGCUCACAACAACAGGGAGGCCAGCAGCAAAAUGGUCGUCCUCAAAAAGGAAACCAACAAGGUUCACAACAGCAGGGAGGCGCACAGCAAAAUAGGGCUCCUCAACAAGGAAACCAACAAGCCCCACAACAUCAGGGAGGCCAGCAGCAAAAUUGCCCUCCUAGACUUGGAAACCAACAAGGCCCACCUCAGCAAGAAAGUGAGGAACAGGCAAGUAAGCUGUAG